AAAAAAAAAAAAAAAAAACGCGUCGCGAUAUCAAGAAGAAGAAGAAGAAGAAAUCUAGGAGAAAAUUGAAGUGUAAAAAAGACAAACAUGUAUUUGGAAAUCGAGUGAAAUUCUAACUUAAAAUAAGAAAUUCAUCUGUAUACAAAAUUUUUCCCAACUAUUAUACCUACAUCAUCAUCAUCAUCGUUCCAUGAAUCAGUCAGUCAGUCGGAUGAUGAAAAAAAUAAUCUGAACAAGAGAAUAGAAUCGAUAAGAGGAAAGAAAGAAAGAAAAAAUCGGCGAUAGAGAAGACGAAUAAUUCGCGUCUAAAAUGUCGUUUUAUUCCGUGAUCGUACAUUUCACGGAAAUAAAUUGCAGACUGACAAACAGGUGAAGAAGAUGGAAGAUGACGCGGAUCUGCGGGAACAGUUAUUCCACAAUACAGUACGAGAGAAUAUCAUAUUUCUACUGCUCUUUUUGCUGCUAUACAUUUCGAGCUACGCACUGAUAGCAAGGUUCAGAAGGAAAGAUAGAGAGGAUUAUAUUGUAGUGGACGAAGAUGAGGCAACGGUAUACAGAAUUAGUCUGUGGCUCUGUACCGCUGCACUCGCAGUUUCGGUCGGAGCGACGCUACUUUUACCGGUAUCCAUUGCUAGCAACGAAGUUCUCAUACUUUACCCCAACAGCUACUACGUCAAGUGGCUCAACAGCUCCCUGAUACAAGGACUUUGGAACCAUGUGUUUCUGUUUUCGAACUUAUCCUUGUUCGUGUUUUUGCCAUUCGCCUACCUCUUCACGGAAUCUGAGGGAUUCGUUGGGUAUCGAAAGGGUGUUAUGGCUAGGGUUUAUGAAACAGUGACUGUAUUGUGCCUACUUGGAGCACUAGUUCUUGGAAUGACUUACAUCUUGUCCGCUCUCAUCGAUCACCACAAGUCAAGUCUUCACACAUUGCUCAAUUUAUGGAGUUAUUACUUGCCGUUUUUAUACUCCUGCGUGUCUUUUGUCGGAGUGGUUAUGCUAUUACUGUGCACUCCGGUAGGAUUUGUCCAAUUGUUUGGAGUUGUGGGCUCGUUUCUUGUUAAACCUCAAUUCCUAAAGAAUUUGGAUGAAGAAUUUUUUGCCUACAAGUUUGAAGAAGAUUGUAAUCAAAGAAGACUGCAACAUGCUACAGCGACGGGUAAAUCUUACAUAUCACCGAUGCCUAUGUCUCCGGCAACUUGCGGAAACAUUGUGGACGACGAAGAAGAAUUACCGAGUGCAAAUCCUGGUCUAAUGUGUCUUAAAAAUGGAGAGUUACAACGCGGUUUAACUCAGACACUAGAGUCUGUACAACAGAGAAGAAAGCUAUUGGACAAACAGAGGCGUACUUGGUGGGUGCGCAGAACUUUGUUGUAUCCUAUAGCCAUGCUUGCCUUGUUGGUACUUUCAACAACGACGGCUCUUCUUGCCGUCCAAAAUACCAUCGAGUUACUUAUCGGCAUUAAGGCCUUACCUCUGAGCACAAGACAAUUUACAUUAGGAAUCAGCUCUCUGUCUAAGCUGGGGCCGAUUGGGGCGACAGUUGAAGUUGCGGUGAUCUUAUACUUGGCUGCGACAAGCGCUAUCGGUCUUUAUUCCCUACCCGGAGUCCGUAGAGUUCGACCCCACUUUCAUUCCACUCCCCUAACGCACAUCAUUGCAAAUUGUGCGCUGCUGCUUGUACUCAGCUCUGCCCUUCCGCUAUUGUCGAGAAUACUUGGAAUGACAAAUUUUGAUUUACUCGGAGACUUUGGGCGGAUCGAGUGGCUUGGCAAUUUCAAAUUGGUCUUGUUCUACAAUUUGAUAUUCACAAUUGCCACGUUUGCUUGCCUCGCUACUAAAUUCACGGCUACUGUACGAAAGGAAAUAUAUGCAAGAUUACGGAGCAGUUUAAUGGGAAUAUUCAAACGCGAUGGAAGAAAAGGAGUUUUGAGCAUGUUUUCUAAUAAGGAGGACUAGACUGAUUUUAACUUAUAAGAAAUCGAGGUGUUAGUCAUGUCUGAAUAGUAAAUAACACAGGAAUCGACAUACCCCAUUUUCAAUGGUAGUUUUAUAUUCAAAUAUUGCUUUAUCUCCUGUUUACGUUCCGUUUUACUUCAUCGAUCAUCCCGAAUUACUCGAGAAAUGAGAAGUAAAAUAAUUAUUUCAAUAUUUUAACAACUUCAAAUUCCCAAUAAUGUUACACAGGAAAUAUUUUCAACUUUCAAUUGAUAGAUCGGUACUCGUAUUUAAUCAUUUCUGUCUGACAACACUUCGGGCAUUCACAUAGUUAGUAUUUAAACGCAACGAGUGUUUUGUAUUUAAAAGAAAAGAAAUAUUUUCUACAUGAAGAAAAAAAAAAAAAAAAAAAAAAAAAUGAGGUGGUCGAGUAUUGAAUUCAGGGUCCAGAAGGGAGAGACGAAAAAGUUAGAUUUCAUACGAAUCGUCGGGAAAAUCUAGUUCAUCCAUCGAUCAAAUGUAGAAGAAAAAAAAUUUUGAUCCACAUUUUUUUGAAGUAAUUGGUUCGUCCUCAGUAGCAAAAACGGUGAACACAAAAGUUCGUCACGUAAAUUAAAUUGUUUAAAAUGUAUGUAUAUAUAUAUUUAUAUAUUUAUAUACGAAUUUUCAAAUUUAAACUCAUAUCUUCGACGAGAAAGAGAGAGAGAGA